UGUCACCCAUAGCUGUACUGUCACUUUGGCUGUCUGACAAAAUUGAUUUUGCAAUAGCAGCUGUAAUUCAGACGGCAUAAAUUCAUUAAAAGUUGCUGUUAUCUAACUAAAAAUGUCGUCAAAAGCACUUGCGACGCCCUUUAUUCGUCAUGUAACGACCAGGGGAUAUGCACAAGCUGCACCAGUUGCUGCCAGCCGAGAUGCCAGGAUUCAAUCAAGUGUUUUGGCAAAUAACACAUUUGUAGCUGCUUUAGAUAAUGGGUCUCCCGUGGCACGAGUGACUAUAGCAUUUAAAGCAGGAUCACGCUAUGAACCUCAAACUGAACUGGGCAUUGCUCAUGUACUCCGAUCAGCAGCUGGCCUAACUACUAAAAAUGCUAGUGCCUUUAUGAUUUCUCGAAAGCUGGCGCAAGCUGGGGCUUCCGUCAGUGCAUCUGGAGAUCGUGAAUUUGUCUACUACACCCUUGAAGCUACCCAGGAGAAUUUGCCAGAAGCUAUAGACUACCUGAACAAACUAGUGUCUAACCAGGAGUUCAGACCAUGGGAGCUUAGUGACAAUGUUCCCCGCUUGAAGUUUGACCUUGCUGCCAUUCCUCCCCAGGUGCGCGCAGUAGAUUUACUACACAAGGCAGCAUUCCGUCGCGGGCUUGGUAAUUCCCUCUUCAUCGCACCAAAGAAGAUAGGCACAAUCGGCUCCGAAUCGCUUCAACACUUUGCAUCCACCUCUUUGACCCAGGGACGUUGCGCUGUAGCUAUUUUUGGAGGCAGUCAGGAAAGAGCUGCUAUGAUUGCUCAGAACCUGCAGAUCUCCACUGGUGCUGAAGGUCAAACCAGUGCCAGCACAUACUUUGGUGGAGAACUAAGGAAGGAGAUGGGUGGCGAUUUGGCGCACGUGGCUAUAGCUGUACAGGGAGCGCCUGCGGGUUCGCCCCAGAGCCUAGCUCUGGCAGUAGCUGCUAAAGCUCUUGGUAAUGGUCCAGUCAUCAAAUGGGGAGCUGAUAAUACUCCCCUUGCAAAAGCCAUUGGCAAUGUUGGACCAUUUGCAGCGGCCGGAUUCAACGUGUCGUACUCUGACAACGGUUUGUUCGGCGUUGUGCUCUCUGUUGCCAAGGAUGAAGCUAAUGCUGCUGUAAAGGCGGCUGGAAAGUUGCUUAAAGCUGGUAAUUUGAGCGCUGAAGCAAUCAAGGCUGGCAAGAAUCAACUCAAGGUGCAAGUGCUGUCAGAGGCUGAGGAUGGAACUGGGCUUGCUGAGUCUAUGGCUGCCCAGGGUCUCAACACACGCUCAGUAAAGUCACCUGCUGACAUCGCAAAUGCAAUUGAUCAACUUUCAAACAGUGAUAUCUCUCAGGCUGUUUCAAAUGCAGUGAAGAACAAGAUUUCGAUGGGUGCAGCAGGAAAUCUUGCAUUUGUUCCAUAUACAGAUGAACUUUAGAUACAUAAAUAGUUAUUUUUGUUAAUAGGAAAUAAUGUUAAAUAACUUAGUCCCAACCACCAUUAUGAAAGUACAUAAAGAAACAUUGAUUAUUAUUUAUUGUUAAUAUGUAUGAAAUAUGAAGAUUACAUAUGGA